UCACAAUCAGCUGACGUCUCGGCGGCUCUCUCAAGCGCCCACCACAUCAUGGCCGACGCCUCCUCGCGCAGCUCAUCGUCACCGCGCUCCCCCUCACCCCCCGAACGCACGCGCCCAAAGUUCCGUAGGUCCAAGGACGGAUGCCUCACCUGCCGCCGCCGCCGCAAGCGCUGCGACCUCGAGCCCGGGCCGUCGUGUCGCACCUGCCAGCGCCUCAAGCUCACGUGUCAGUGGCCUGACACACCCGCGAGGGCUACUCCCUCCGCACGCAGCAUGCGCGGGACACCGCAGCGCGGCCCACCAGAUACCCAUCCGCAGUUCGACCCGCUCGGCGUCCUCGCCUCCGCGCUCGGCAUGCACGAAGCGCUUGCCACUCCCGCACCAGAGCUUCCCGCGGACAUGUCGCAGACGGUCGUGGGGGGCGUCGAUCUGAUGCCGAGCUUCCCGUUCAACGACAUGCUCGGCGGCUUCGAAAUUGAUGCCGCCACGCUGCAGCUCUGGGCCGCAGACUGCCUACAGCCGCAGCCGCCGGGGAACGGAGGGCCCGCGCUCGACUUGAGCUGGUACGCACGGCCCGAGUCGCCAGCGCGUGCCGCCUCAGCCGCCGCGCCGACCGAGACCGUGCUGAGUCCUACAUCGGCGACGGCGCGCAACGGUCCGCGCCACGCCGACCUCCUCCAGCACUUCCAGAGCACGCUCAGCCGUCUCGUGACGUGUUCGGGCGACUCGGGCGGCUUCUCGGCGUUCACCGACCUCGCGGACCGCAGCACGUCGUUGUAUCUGUCGAUUCUGGCGUGGGCGGGGCGGCACAUGGCCAACAUGGGCGCGGCGCGGUACGAGGCCGUCAGCGAGCGGCUGGGCGCCGAGGCUGGCGUCAUGGUGCUCGCUGAGCUCGAGAAGGUCGGGCAGCCGGGCUCGGCGGGGAGGAUGGACGACGAGGACGCCAUGACUGUGCUUGCUACUGUGCUUAUGGUUAUCCAGUUUAGGAUCUGCCGUGGGGACGUUUGGGGGUUUGACGUCCUCGUCGAACGUGGGGGUAUGCUUGCGUCGUCCCUCUUCGAGCGUGUGGACAGUGCACAUAAUGUGCGAGCCGCACAGUUCCUCGAUAACCUGAUCUAUCACGACGUGCUGAGCUCGUUCGCCUACACCCGCGGCCCGAUGGUGCCGUACGCGCUCAUUCUGAAGCAUACACAAGGCCAACUCUCAGCCCUGCACACGCUUACGGGUGUCAACCUCCCUGUCUUCUGCUUGAUGUACCGAGUCAUCAAACUCAUCCGCCAGCGAAGGCAAGCGAGCGAACAAGGCGACGGGCUUCUCGAGGUCCUCAGCGCCGCCGAGAAGCUAGAGGACGAGCUCGAAGCCGAGCGGCAGCGCAUCGAGACCCUCGUACGCACAAAACCGGAUCUCGGGGCUCACCGGCACUACCACGAGGCAUUCCGGACCGCGACCCUCGUCCAAAUCCGCGGGUUCGUGCUGUGCGAAUCGCCGUGCUCGCUCAAGCUGCGCCUGCUUGUGCGGCAGGGCCUCACCCUCCUCGAGACCAUGAUCGAGCGCAACCUCGCAGGCGUAUGCUCCAUGCACUGGGUGCUGUUCAUAAUCGGCGUUAUGGCGCUGCCGGGCGGGCUGGGGGAGAACGACCGCGAGCGCGUGGGGCGGUUGUACGACGAGUAUUCAAAACGCAUCGGCGGGUUCAUGAACGUGCCGCGCUCGCGCACGCUCAUGCACGAGGUGUGGGCGCGCAAUCAGGAGGGGCGGGCGUUCGUAGACUGGCUCGACAUCGUGCUCGAGUACGAUUGGGAGCUGUAUUUUGUUUAGGCUUCAUUCUCACUGUUGUAUCUGUCGUCCCUUUCUAAUUCCGACGGGCGCCGUCGACUGAUUGAGAUCGAACACUUUACGGUCACGUUAUCUCCUUUGAACCUCCCUCCAUUCAGCCCGCCACCAUACCCCAGCCGCCCGCAAAGUGUGUUUGCUGCCUGAUUCAUAAAUUCUACAACUAUUAUCCCAAGAGGCUAGAAAAAGAAGUCCGACACCUUCUGCCCCUUUCCUUUACUACGUGCCGCGCGAGCGGCUUCCGACUCAGCCGUGAUAUGUUCAAUCUCCU